AUGGAAGAAACAGUUACAGUAUUUGAAUCUUUCAUACAACUCUCUAAAUACUUUGGAGCUACCACUACUCCUAAAUUUUUCCUCAAGUCCAUUAACUUUGCUGGAGAAAUUCCUAAGUCAAUAUGUAAAUUGAGUGGUCUACAAGUUUUUGAUGCCUCUCACAACAGCUUGAGUGGUUCAAUUCCGGAAUGUUUAGGUAACAUUGGUACUCUCACAGUAUUGGAUGUACAAGGGAAUAGAUUUCAUGGAAUGCCUCAAUAUUUUACAAAUGCAAGUAGCCUGAGGACACUCAAAAUGAAUGGGAACAUAUUAGAAGGGCAAGUGCCUAAAUCAUUGGCUAAUUGCUCAUCACUAGAAGUUCUAGACCUUGGGAAGAACAAGAUGUUUGAUACCUUCCCCUUCUGGUUGGGGAAAUUGCCUAUGUUGCGAGUUCUUGCAUUGCAUUACAACAGAUUCUAUGGUCCCAUCAAACACCCUCCAACCCUGGAUGAAUUCCCGAUGUUGCAAAUUUUGGACCUCUCUUCCAAUACAUUUACAGAAAAUUUUCCAGUUGAAUACUUUCAAAGCUUCAAGGCAAUGAUGUUUAAAAAAGGGAACAAAUCAGAAGCACAGUACUUCGGAAAUUCCUACUACAGAGACUCAGUGACAAUCAUGAACAAAGGGCUAGAAAUGGAGCUAGUGAGGAUCUUGACCAUCUACACAGCUCUCGAUCUGUCCAACAACAGUUUUCAGGGGGAGAUUCCAAAAGUGAUUGGAGACCUCACAUCACUUGUGAUUCUAAACAUGUCUCAAAAUGACCUAGUCGGCCAAAUCCCAACAUCGAUAGGAAACAUGGCAGACCUGGAGUCAUUAGAUUUCUCUCGAAACAAGCUCUCAGGUCAGAUCCCAUGGCAAGUCGCUAAUCUUACCUUUCUUGAAUUCUUAAACCUCUCCCAAAAUCAUCUUGAGGGACCUAUACCACGAGGCAAUCAGUUGGAUACAUUUUUAAACACUUCUUACAUUGAGAAUCCAAGAUUAUGUGGUUUUCCCUUAUCAAGGAAAUGCAAAGAUAACAGUGAUGAUAUGCCACCACAAGGUCCACAAGGGGAGAGAUCAACAAAUGACUCCCAAUUUGAUUGGAAAUUCAUGUUGAUGGGUUAUGGAUGCGGCAUGCAAGAGUCCUUUAUUAAUUCCACUAAUUCAUGGGAACCGGAAAAGGAUUGUUGCUCAUGCGGAGGCGUGACAUGCAACUUCACCACUGGUUAUGUCAUCGAUCUCGACUUGAGUGGUUAUGUCAUCGGUUUCCACUACAGUUCCUACUACGUGAUCGAUUCCAAGGUUUCAGGACCUAUCUAUUCCAACAGCAGCCUCUUCAGCCUCCAUCAUCUCCAAAGGCUCAAUCUUGCUUUCAAUGACUUCAAGCUCACUCCAUUGCCGUCUGGAUUUGAUCGACUUCCAAUCUUGACACAUCUCAACCUCUCCCAUUCCAAUUUCUCCGGCCAGGUACCCUGGAAAUUCUCACGCCUAACAAGGUUGGUUUCUCUUGAUCUCUCCACCUUCAACUUCGACGAGAACUACUACUUCAAUAUCUGUAGUCGUAUUCUAAAACUGGAAAAACCAAACCUGAAGGCAUUGAUCCAGAAUCUAACAUCUCUUGUGGAGCUAAACCUUAAUGGUGUAGACCACUCUAGUCCUAGUCCUAAACAUGGAAGAAGCAGUCAUUGGUCUCAGGUCUUGCUGCAGUCUCUUCCCAACCUCCGUGAAUUGAGUUUGUCUGGUUGUCGUCUUUCAGGUCCCAAUCACACUUCUUUCUCACAGCUUGUAUUCCUCGAGGAGCUCCGACUUGAUGGAAAUUAUAAGCUUUCUCUUGAAGCACCCAACCUCUUGCCCCUCAAUUUCUCUUAUUUGAAAACUCUUAGUCUAAGCUAUUGUGGAUUGUAUGGAGAGUUCCCCAUCAGUGUUUUUCAACUACCCAAUCUUAAAUUCCUUGAUGUGUCAUUCAAUUCUCUCAUCAAUGGUCAAUUGUCAGAUUUUCCAUUUAACAAUUCCUUUCAGUUCAUAUUGCUCUCUGGCACAAAUUUUUCAGGAGCGAUUCGAGAUUCUAUUGGAAAUUUUAGGUUUUUGACGACAUUACGACUUGAUAAUGGUACAUUGCCGAAAAGCCCAAUCCUUCCAAAGCUGGCAGUAGAACUAUUCAUUGUGGCAUUGAAGAGAACCGUCAAAACCUGUCUCUGCCCACUUGCAAUGAAGAACUUUGCUAUUGUAAUAGAAGGCAAGUUCAAGUCAGUGCCAUUCAUGUCAGAAAUUCCACAACUUUGGCCAGCUGGCGCACGGAUUGGGUGUUCUAUUAGUGCUUCUAACAAGUGCAAGCCACCAUGGUGGAGAUCCUUGUUUGGAGGUGCUACUGUUGAUGUCGCUGCAUGUGAGCACUGUGAAGAGCUUGAGAUGGCAUCCUGUCUUGCUGUUUCUAAAGAAUCCUGUCACAAGUUAGGAAAGGAGAAGUGCUUACCUCCUUUUCCGGAUGCACGAAUAGCAUUGAUUGAUUGUAAAGAAGUUUGA